GCGUGGUCAUGUCAGAAGAGGGCAAGCAGCGUAUGUGGGACAAGACCGCUGGAAGGAAAGGCAGGAGAGAGCAGGAGGAGGUCUGCCGAAAAACUCCGCCUCCGAUCUCGGAUCAUCUCGCAUUCCUUCUUCACGGCCCCUCACGCCGUGUAUAGAGAGAGAAAGGGAAGGAGAAACACAAGAAGGGCACACGAAGAAGGAGAGGGGAAAAACAAGAAGGGGCGCAGCGAAAACGACCAUGGCAGUAUCCACAGCGCGUCAGCGUGAGACAGAGUCCGAGCACAGCGUACUCCCACCGCCGCCGAGCAGAGCCCGGAGCAUGCAGACGCACAAUAGACAGCCUCUUGAUGAAUGAAGGGAGCUGUGUACCUGGGCCGUGGACACAAUGAGGGUCAUCUUCACCCAAAACGCCGGUUUCGUCGCAGCUUUUUCGCCUUUCUUGUGAUGCUGGCAAAGUGUAGGACGACAGAUGACGUGAACAACAUAGAAUUGACCACAGUUAGAUCGUGCCAGUUUAUUUAUGUUUUUUUUUCUUCUUUCUUUUCUUUUUUCUUCAGCAUGCAGAGAUAAUAUAGCCAGUAUUUGUCAAAAACGAAAGCGUGGUCAGAUUGCGACAUGCAGCCUUGCUGUCGAAAUCUGAACACAGAAUAGUCUAUGUUUUAUUAGCUACAUUGCUGGCAUUAUAAUUUAAUUUGUAUGCCUAUUAGUUAUUAUAGAGUGACCAUUUUAGAUCAGCGCGCCUCAUUAGUAGUCGAUUAUAACGCGAUUAUAACAUAAAAUAGCUAAGAGAAGAAAUGUUUGUUUUCUUCGAUCAAAGACAAUCAGUAAAUAUUAGAUUCCAUAUGUGAUAAUAUCAUUUGCUUUAUGACUUGUAAUUUAUUUAUUUAUUAUUACUAUUAUUAGGUCUUUUAAGUAUUAUCGUAUUGAUUAGUUUAAGUUAGUAGUUUAAAUAUAUUUAACAGUUGAGAAGAUUGUUUAAAACGCCUCCCUAUAGUAAAAUGGAGACCGCUUAUUUAUCACCCCACCGGGGCGCCGCCCGUCCCGAGUCCCUGAGAGGUCAAAGCGCAGCGGGCAAACCGGCGGCGGGUGUCCCCUCCCCUCCGACUCCACCUCCGGCCUCACCUGCCGGCGCCUCACCCGAGGAGACCCCGGCACAAGGCGACGGACGGCGGAACUCGGGCGUGAAGAAGCACCACCACAAGCACAACCUCAAACACCGCUACGAGCUCCUGGAGACGCUGGGAAGAGGCACCUACGGCAAAGUCAAGAAGGCCAUUGAGCGGCACUCCGGCAGAGAGGUGGCGAUCAAAUCAAUUCGGAAGGAGAAGAUCAAGGAUGAGCAGGACAUGGUGCACAUCCGCAGAGAGAUCGAAAUCAUGUCAUCCCUCCGCCACCCACACAUCAUCUCUAUAUACGAAGUGUUUGAGAACAAGGACAAGAUUGUGAUUGUCAUGGAGUAUGCCAGUAAGGGGGAGCUGUACGACUACAUCAGCGAGCGUCGGCGCCUUAGUGAGCGGGAGACACGACACUUCUUCAGACAAAUAGUCUCUGCUGUGCACCACUGCCACAAGAAUGGAGUGGUGCACAGGGAUCUGAAACUGGAAAACGUGCUACUGGAUGAAAACUGUAAUAUUAAGAUUGCUGAUUUUGGAUUGUCCAACCUCUACCAUAAGGACAAGCUGCUGCAAACUUUCUGUGGAAGCCCCCUUUAUGCUUCACCGGAGAUUGUCAAUGGAAGACCAUACCGUGGCCCGGAGGUGGACAGCUGGGCUCUCGGAGUGCUGCUGUAUACCUUGGUCUAUGGAACCAUGCCUUUUGAUGGGGGAGACCACAAGAAGCUCAUUCGUCAGAUUAGCAAUGGUGAAUACAAAGAGCCCACUCAGUCUUCAGAUGCCCGUGGACUGAUCCGCUGGAUGCUGAUGGUGAACCCCGAGCGGCGAGCCACAGUAGAGGACAUAGCCAAUCACUGGUGGGUAAACUGGGGCUGGAAGAACAGCGUCUGUGACUGUGAGGCCCAGCGCGACCACGGUGGCUCGCCCAUGCUUGCCCGUUUCAUCGACUGGCAGAAUCGCACUGAGCCACGUAGUGCAGGAGCCAAAGCUGCUGCCGUGCCCCAGAUCCUGCGGCAGAGGCCCAAGAAAUCAAAGAAGGAAAAUGUUGAAGCUAGCCAGUCCCAGGAGGGCGCAGAGGAUAAGCCAGGUUUGAAGAGACCCAAGGGCAUUUUGAAGACAAGGGUCACCGAGGAGCAAAGGUCCACCAGUCCUGAAGAUGUGGAGCUGAGUCGAGGGGCACUGCCUCAACAAGCUGACGGUGGCGAGGAGGCUGCGAGCCCUGACAGAGAGGAAGACGAGCCAGUGAUGGGAGGUGGCUCACCAGCCAAGAUGGUACCGUCUCUACCAAAGAAAGGCAUCUUGAAAAACAACCAACAGCGGGAAUCAGGGUACUACUCUUCCCCGGAGCGCAGUGAAUCCUCUGAGCUUUUAGGAGGUGCCAGCAUGUCUCUGUUGGCUACUUCCCCUCCUAAGCGAGCGAUGGGAAGGAAGGGCAUUCUGAAGCGAAACGGCAAGUACUCCACCUACAGCGGGCUGCCCUCUUCCGCAGCAGUGGCAGGGGUCCUAGGCGAGCCUCCUCCCACAACCGACUCGGGUCUGUCCCGCAGUCAGAGUCGGCCCUCCAGCAUCGUGGGGGAGGACAGCUCUGUUCUGUCGCUAUCGCCGAGUUCCCUCGGUGGAGCCGAGUGGCAUCCCUCCACCCCACACCUCCGCACCAACAUCAGGGCUUGCGUCUCAGCCGAAAACCUGCUGCAGCUCGCCAACUUCAAAGGUCUGCAGACCACGCAGCCCAUCCAAGGUCCAAAGUUUAGUCGCGGCUCCAAAAUGAAAGGCUCCCCGGGGGACAACGGCAGCUUCUCCCUGCUUGGGGAUCUGGAAGACAUGACUCAGGUGUACCAGCAAGCCCUGGACAUCAGCAACAAUCUCACCUAACAAGCGGGUGGCAGAGCAUGAGGAAGCAGAGGGAUUCGAUUGUGACUCUGUGUGCGCAACGAAGAGUGUGCGCAGCAUUAACGACCGGUGUGUUACUGGGAUACACCUUUAGGAGGCUGGGGCUGAAAGAUGCAAAAGAUAUGGCUGCGCUCACACACUUGCACACACAGAUGCACACAUGCAGGUGUACUUCUCUGGUCAGUGGGAAUUAUGUUCCAGGCUUUGUGAACAAGAGAGACACUCUAAGAUGGCACAUGAGAAAGAGAGAGAAAGAGAGAGAGAGA